GUUUAAAAUCAGAUUUAACUUUGUGUUUUGUUUCCACUUUAUAAUUUUUAUUUUUAUUAUGGUUUCAAAUUUAGAAAUAUAUUCAUGAUUUUUUCUUUCGCUUUUUUUAUGAAAAAAAUUGGUGUAGUCAAAAGGAGUUUUUUGAGCUUUGAAGUGAUGCCAAAUUACAGAUGUCUUUUGGAUCAUCAAUACAGAUGGGGACAGAACUUAUGAGGGUUUGUGUUAAAGAAGAGAACGAUGAUUUUCCCCCAGUUCCGCCGGGUUUUGAGUCAUAUGCAUCUUUUACGUUAACAAGGGGGGCACAAGAUUCUGUAAAACUUGAGAGUGAUAAUGUAAAGUAUUGUUCUGCCAAUGCAACUGCAAGUAGUUCUGAUGCUAGUUCUGCCUCUAAGGAAGCUGAAUUGGGAAUUAAUGAAAGCUCAAAGAUCACCAGAUCUAUGAGGGGAAGACCUUGGAUAAACUAUGGUAUAUAUGAUAGCAGUCCAGAUGAUGAGCCUGAUCGUGGAAAGCUUGACCAAAAUCAAAGAUUGAUGCAUAAUCUUCCUAAAGGCGUUAUCCGUGGGUGUCCAGAGUGUAAUGAUUGCCUGAAGGUAACUGCAAGAUGGCAUCCAGAAGCAGCAUGUAGACCAGGCAUUGUGGAUGCACCUGUGUUCUAUCCGACAGAAAAGGAGUUUGAAGAUACGUUGAAGUAUAUAGCUAGCAUACGACCAAAAGCGGAACAAUUUGGAAUCUGUCGCAUUGUUCCUCCAUCUUCUUGGAAGCCUCCUUGUCCUCUGAAAGAAAAGAAUAUAUGGGAAAAUUCUAGAUUUGCUACUCGUGUGCAGAAGGUUGACAAGCUUCAGAAUCGAGGUUCAAUGAGAAAAAUGUCAAAAGUUAAAAACAGCAUGAGGAGGAAAAGGAGAAGAUGCAUGAGAAUGGCUGUAGACUGUGGGUCUGAUAGUGGAAAUAUCUCAUGGUCUUCUGAUACUGGAUUUUGUGAAGUAGAGAGGUUUGGGUUUGAACCUGGUCCAGAGUUUACUCUGGAUAAGUUUCAGAAGUAUGCCGAUGAGUUCAAGGCCCAGUACUUUAGGAAGAAGGAAAGUGAUGUAGAUAUGAAAGGUAAAAUGACCAUUCUUCCAGAGCACCAUGAACCUUCAGUUGAGAAUAUUGAGGGUGAAUACUGGCGCAUAGUGGAGAAAGCAACUGAGGAAAUAGAGGUCUUAUAUGGGGCUGAUCUGGAAACGGGGGUAUUUGGCAGUGGGUUUCCUAAUAAGUCCAAUCAAGUUGGAUUUGCAUCCAGUGAGAAGUACAUAAAAUCUGGCUGGAACUUGAAUAACUUCUCCAGGCUUCCUGGAUCUGUUCUCAACUAUGAAAGCAGUGAUAUUUCAGGGGUUCUGGUUCCCUGGUUGUAUUUAGGAAUGUGCUUUUCAUCCUUUUGUUGGCAUGUUGAAGAUCACCACCUGUACUCACUGAAUUAUAUGCAUUGGGGUGCUCCAAAAAUAUGGUAUGGUGUCCCUGGAAAGCAUGCUUCUAAACUGGAGGAGGCUAUGAAAAAGCAUUUGCCUGACCUUUUUGAUGAACAACCUGACCUGCUUCACAAAUUGGUCACCCAGCUGUCUCCUUCCAUACUAAAAUCUGAAGGGGUACCUGUCUAUCGAUGUGUUCAGAAUGCCGGAGAUUUUGUUCUGACAUUCCCUAGAGCAUAUCAUGCGGGGUUCAACUGUGGUUUCAAUUGUGCAGAAGCAGUGAAUGUUGCUCCCGUUGACUGGUUGCCACAUGGACAGAUUGCUGUUGAGCUCUACCGUGAACAGGGAAGGAAAACUUCCAUCUCACAUGAUAGAUUGUUGCUUGGAGCAGCAAGGGAAGCAGUCAAAGCCCAUUGGGAACUCAGUUUACUGAAGAAGUAUACUUCUGAUAACUUAAGGUGGAAAGGUUUAUGUGGAGAGGAUGGAGUUUUAGCUAAAACUCUCAAGACACGUGUUGAGAUGGAGCGUCUAAGCAGGGAAAUUGUUUGUAGUUCUUCUCAGGUUGUGAAAAUGGAGAGCAAUUUUGAUGCUACCAGCGAGAGAGAAUGCAGUAUAUGUUUUUUUGAUUUGCACCUUUCUGCAGCAGGUUGUCAUUGCUCCCCUGAUAGAUAUGCAUGCUUGAAACACGCAAAGCAGUUCUGUUCAUGUGGUCGAGGUGCCACAAUUUUCCUAUUUCGGUAUGAUAUAAAUGAAUUAAAUAUAAUUGUUGAAGCAGUGGAAGGAAAACUAAGUGCCGUAUAUAGGUGGGCAAGACUAGACCUUGGGCUAGCCCUGAGUUCAUAUGUAACUAGGGACAAUAUAGGUGGUAGAUUACCCCAUAGCCUGGAAGGAGUAUCCAAAGAAGUGCCAAAACCAGCAGUCAUUUCCUCCAAAGAACUACCAGGAGAAGAUAUGUCGACAAACAAAGCCUUGAUUUUGUCUCAAAUAUCUGCUCAGAUGUUAUUGCCACAAAGAAAUAAACUAUCAGAGGCUGUAUUACCAUCAAAGGAUUCAAAUUCUAAGUUGAAGAAAGGGGAAUCAGUUCCUUCUGCUUCAAGCUUAAGCAUGCCUGGAGGCCAAACUACUGCGGCAAGUAGAGUGAAGAAAGCUUCAGCUCCACAAGAUAAUAAUACCAUUCUUCUUAGUGAUGAUGAAGGUGAUGAACCUGAGAAACCAGUUUCAGAAAGGCCAAAAGAACAUUCUGGCACAGAGCAUUCAGAAGCCUCCCUGAGGCUGGCACCGUCUGGUGAAAAAGCGAGCACAUGUAAUUACAAGAAUGAGGCUAUCUUAAUUUCCCCUCUAACUGAUGCUGCGGUUAUGAAUCAAAAGAUUGUCGUUUCCCCUGAUGUACAGAGGACUAGUUGGUCAUCUGAAUAUUCUCAAAUGAAAGAUGAGCAUGCUGAAAACAGUAUCACAUCUGUAGGAUCUAAUCACCAGAAUAUUUCUUUUCAUUUAGAAUCUGCCACUACAGAAUCUGGUAAAGGUGUUCUGGAUUCUUCUCAUACCACAGAGAUGGAUGAUAACAAGAAUAAACCAUUGACUGUUGAAAGCAACUUUCGGCAUCUGCUGCCUUUGGGUGGUGAAAAAGUUGACAAGGAUGAACAUGAGAAGGUGGGAACCAUUGCAUCGGCAAAUUUAAUUGACCAUACAAGAAGUAAUGUAGAAGGGCCAUCUUGCUCUCAAAAUAAUCUGGACAUAAACGUCAGGCAGAAAGGUCCUCGCAUUGCUAAGGUAGUGCGUAGGAUCAACUGUAAUGUUGAGCCUUUGGAAUUUGGAUCUGUUCUCUCUGGGAAGUUAUGGUGCAACAGCCAGGCCAUUUUCCCAAAAGGAUUUAAGAGCCGGGUUAGGUAUAUCAGUGUUUUAGAUCCAACAAAUAUGGCUUACUAUGUCUCAGAAAUAUUGGAUGCAGAGAGGGAUGCACCCCUGUUCAUGGUAUCUGUGGAGCACUGUCCCAGUGAAGUAUAUGUUCAUGUUUCAGCUGCCAGAUGCUGGGAGAUGGUGCGGGAGAAAGUGAAUCAAGAGAUAGUGAAGCAACAUAGACAAGGAAAGACCAACCUUCCCCCAUUGCAGCCUCCCGGCUGCUUUGAUGGCUAUGAGAUGUUCGGUUUUUCUACACCAGAAAUUGUUCAGGCCAUUGAGGCGAUGGAUCGCAAUCGAGUUUGUACGGAGUAUUGGGACUCUCGGCCUUAUUCACGGCUUCAAGUGCAGUUUCUACAACAUUCUAACUCCCUUGCUAAUGGCGACAACGUACUUAGAACAUCCGGGGGAAAAGAUAUUGUAGGGCCUCCUCGGAGCAAUUGCUUGCCUGGUGAAGUUGACACUCUACUCAGAGGUCUAUUCAAGAAGGCGAACUCUGAAGAAUUACAUUCACUGUGUAGCAUUUUAAGUGACAAAAGGCCACCCAUGGAUGUAGACCUUGUGGCUCGAGUCCUCAAAGAAGAGAUCGAUAGCCGUCGUGCUUGAUAAAUUUUUUUUGUCAUUCAGAUUUUUUUGUCAUU